UUAAAAACUUUCAGGUGGCGCUUCUUCAAGAUCAAAAGUAAUCCGUGGAAAUCGAGUGUGAAGGUGGGAAAUGUCCAAUUUUAAGAUGAUAAUAGGUCGCUUUGCCGGCCUAGCAAAUAAUAUAAAGUUACGAAACACCCAAUUAGCAUUUAUUUCUAUCGCUAAACGUUCUAUAUGUAGCAAACAGAUGAGAGAUAUUAAUUAUGUUAGACCUAAACCUUGGCCGUACGAGACGAAAAAAUAUAAGUUUUGGCACGGUUGGAUUGAUAAUACAAUGGAUAGAUUCGAUGAAAAUACUAAAAUAAUCGUUGUAGACGGUCCCAUUGCAGCUGGAAAGUCGACAUUUGCUUCCUCUCUCGCUGAUGAACUCGAUAUGAAAUACUUUCCAGAACCGACCAUGGACCGUCUUUAUAUUAACAAAUACGGCUACGACCUAAGACAAUUAGAUGAUAAAUUACCUCCUCGUUGCAGAAGUUUUGAUGUUAAGAAAUUCUACGAAGAUCCUACUAAUAGUAAUGUUGCCAAGUUUCAGAUUUCUAUGUAUGCCCUGAGAUUUGAACAGUAUCUGGAUGCUAUGGCUCAUUUACUCAAUACUGGUCAAGGAGUAGUACUAGAUCGCUCCAUAUUUAGUGAUGUUGUUUUUAUGGAAACCAUGUAUAAAUUUGGUUAUUUAAGUAAGCCAUUUCGAGAAUACUAUUACGAAUGCCAGGAUUCUACCUUAUGUGAACUUUUGCGGCCUCACUUGAUAAUAUAUUUAGAUGUUCCGGUACCCCUUCUAAAAGACAGAAUUAAAAAAAGAAAUCGUCCAUAUGAAGUUAACUCUAAGGUUCUUACAAAUGAAUACUUAAGUACCAUGGAAGAUUAUUACAAACAUACAUUUUUAAAGGAUUUCAGUAUUCAUUCAGAAUUAUUAAUAUAUGAUUGGAGUAAUUUUGGAGAUGUGGAAGUAAUUGUAGAAGACAUUGAACGAAUUGAUUUUGAUUCACUCCGUGAGGAUAAAAAGUUUAAAGAUUGGAGAGUAUCAGAGAAAUGGGAAUGGAAUAACUUACGUAGAAGAGUGACGAAUCAAAAACGAAAGCUGUUCUUUCUUUUAAAUAAUCCUAAAUUGGAUUGUCCAGAAUUAUUUUUAACUGCGGAAGAAACAAGUGCAAUGAAAGAUGUGAUGAGAACUGCACCUGGAGAAAAGUAUGAGCCAGGAUUCAAUGCCAGUCAAGGAGACAAAGGAAUCUGGUUUAAGAGUUCGAAAAAUUACAGAGAUGUGAAACUAACAUAUUGGCAUGAUUAAUUUCAUUUCUCUUUACAAAUUAUAAAAGUAUAAAUGUCAGAGAGGAAAAAUAGAACUGUAUUAGUUAAUUUAUAUGGAAAAAAAAUAAAAAAAAGUGUUACAUAUA